CUCCAACCCAAACCAAGCUACAGUACAGAAAUAUAUCAUAUCCAAAAUGGCUCCCUCAACCGAAGACACUACCCCAGAGGCCACCGUCGCCGAGACCACCCCCGCUGCCCCGGCCGAGGAGACCGCUGCGAAGCGACCCUCGGAGGAAGAAGCCGAAAAUUCCGCCAAGAAAGCCAAGGUUGACGACAGCGCCGCUCCUGCUGUGGACGCCGAUGCCGAACGACUGGCCAAGACCCAUGCGUACGGAAAACUCAUCCUCUUCGGGGAGCACUUUGUCGUCUACAAGGUCCCCGCCCUUGUCGGCGCCGUGGCAGCGUACACGGACUGCUCCAUCAAGCUCGAGGACGCUCCCGCUGAUUCUAAGGACGAGAGCCCGACCGGUAUCGUCGAGGUGAUCGACAACCGCCCCGCCGUUCCCAACUACAAAACGAAGAAGGCCGAGGAGGGCAAGAAGGCUAUCGAUCUUGUUUUGAACCACUUCAAAAUCUUUGGAAAAGGCAAGAAGGCGACCCUUACCUUUGGCGGAAACCUCACCUGCGCCAGCGGCAUCGGUGCCAGCGCCGCCCAGGUUGUAGCCCUGGCCCGUGCAGUCAAGGAAACCCUCCCAGAAUUCGCCAAGCUGACCGACGAUGAGGUAAAUGCCGCCGGAUACGAGGGUGAGAAGGGAUACCACGGAACCCCCUCUGGAAUUGACAACACGGCCGCAACCUUUGGGGGCCUCCUCAAGUUCCAACGGACCGAUGCCGACCCCAUCUUUGAGAAGAAGACGAUAAAGGAACCCAUUCGCAUCGUCUACGCAUCUACCGGCAUUACCUCGUCGACCACCGAGGUUGUCGGAGACGUCAAGGCCAAGAAGGAAGCCGACCCUGCCUGGUUCGAUGACCUUUUGAAGAAGUACUGCGAGGUCGCUACCAAGGGAGAAAAGGCGCUCGAGGACGGCGACACGGCGCUGCUCGGAUCCCUCCUCAAUGAAAACCACAAGCUUCUCCAGGACCUGACCGUGAGUUGCAAGGAGCUCGACACCCUCGUCGAUGCUGCCCGCGCCGCCGGGGCCGUCGGUGCGAAGAUGAGCGGAACCGGCCGCGGGGGACUCAUGCUCGCUCUGACGCCCACCGAGGAGAUCCAGAACGCCGUGGCGGAGGCUCUUGAGAAGAUCGCCCCACAAGUCUGGAAGACGUCCUUCCAGUAAUCACUAGGUAGCACUCUUUCGUGCGAGUGACCGUGACUGCAACUGCUACUGCUACUGCAUUGAGCUGCUCUGUACAAAGCAAUGCGGAGCAGAACGCAACGCAACGAGUGAAAAUCAAACGAGAGAACAGAAACGACUCUCACCUACCAUCAAGGUGGGCAAUCAAGAAAUAAACCACGA